AUGCCAUAUAUGCUGACACAGAACAAAGGUGUGCAAAGUCCUUCCCAUGACCCACGUUUCAUAUUCGGAAGAAAGUAUUCUCUUAUUUGUUACCCUUUACAGGAUAGGGCUAAGGAUCCGCGAUGGCAAGACAUUGAUAUGUCGCGAGAAAGCGAUCAGUACGAUGUAGUGAUAGUUGGAGGAGGACCGAGUGGGAUGUCUGCCGCAAUUCGACUGAAACAGCUUGCUCAAAAGGAUGGAAAAGAUGUGAGAGUUUGUGUUGUGGAAAAAGCUCCGGAAGUAGGUGCACACACUCUCUCAGGAGCCGUGAUCGAGACACGGGCACUUGACGAACUGUUACCGGAUUGGAAAGAGAUGGGUGCCCCAGUUUUUGAGCAAGUCAAGUCAGAAUCGGUGGCUCUUUUAACGAAAAACAGGCGAAUCCCAAUCCCGAUGUUCCCCGGCAUGCCUCUAUACAAUCACGGGAAUUAUAUUGUUCGUCUUGGCAAUGUGGUGAGAUGGUUAGGUGAACAAGCAGAAGCUGCAGGUGUUGAAAUCUGGCCUGGCGUUGCUGCUUCGGAGGUACUGUACAACGAAGACGGAAGCGUAAAAGGAAUAGCUACAAACGAUGUUGGUGUCGCUAAAGAUGGUUCUCCGAAGGAAAGUUUUGCUCGAGGAAUGGAGUUGCAUGGGAAGUGCACUAUAUUUGCGGAAGGAUGUCGUGGUCAUCUCACCAAGCAGAUUUUGGAGAAGUUUAAAUUGGUUAAUCAUCCCAUGUCCUUUGGUAUUGGAUUCAAAGAGCUCUGGGAGUUGGAUCCAGCACAACAUAAGCCAGGCUAUAUAGAGCACACCAUGGGUUGGCCACUGACGAUGGAUCAGUACGGCGGCUCAUUUAUAUACCAUAUCACUGACGAAGGACUGCCGCUAGCGGAAGUUGGCUUUGUGGUAGCUUUGGACUACAAGAACCCCUAUUUGAAUCCCUUCCAGGAGUUCCAAAGAUGGAAAACUCAUCCGUCGAUUCGAAAGCAACUCGAAGGAGGUAAACGACUGGGAUAUGGUGCACGUGCUCUCAAUGAAGGGGGAUUCCAGACUGUACCGAAAGUAACGUUCCCUGGUGGUUGUCUUGUUGGAUGUACUGCUAGUUUGUUGAAUGUUGCAAAGUUAAAAGGAGUCCAUAAUGCUAUGAAAAGUGGAAUGCUGGCGGCGGAGUCGAUCUACCCUGAGAUCAACGAAGAGGCUUCGUGUAUUACUCCUACUUCAUAUACGGAAGCGCUUGAAAACAGCUACGUUUUCAAGGAAAUGAAAGCAACUCGCAACGUACGGCCUUCAUUUAACACAGGAAUAGGGUGGCUGGGCGGUUUGAUGUACUCUGGUAUGUUCUACGUAUUAGGACGUGGAAAGGAGCCUUGGACCCUCCAACACGGCAAAAAGGACAAUGAAAAGUUGAAGAAGAAAGAGGAGUGUAAGCCGAUAGAGUAUCCCAAGCCCGACAAUAAAAUUACAUUUGACUUAUUGUCGUCCGUUUCGCUUACUGGGACUAUUCACGAAGAAAAUCAGCCGUCUCAUCUCACGCUGAAAGACGAUGAGGUUCCGGAGAAAAUCAAUCUCAAAAUCUACGAUGGCCCCGAACAACGAUUCUGUCCCGCUGGAGUCUACGAAUAUGUUCCUCAAGAAAACAACCCGUCGGAAAUGCGCUUACAGAUCAAUGCUGCAAACUGUAUUCAUUGCAAAACUUGUGAUAUCAAAGAUCCCACCCAAAACAUUAACUGGGUAACGCCUGAGGGAGGAGAAGGGCCUAAAUAUUCAGGAAUGUAA